GUUGUGUAGCGCGCCAAUUCCCCUCAAAUUUCCGCCCUAACAGUUCACAGUCCAGCAGCACAGGUCUGUGUGAACCCGGGAAGGAGUGGAGGAACCGGAAACGGUAGUGGAACAAAUGGAUUGCAGAAAUUGGGACGAAGACUUGUACAGAGACGCCAUUUUACAGGAGAGAGAAACCCUUUCCCGGACAGUUUUCCGGACCGCCUUUGCUCCCAACACUAACCCUAACCCCAAUUUCGACCACAUCGUCACCGCCUCGAGCGAUGGCUCCAUUGCCUCCUACUCCAUUUCCUCUUGCCUCGCGAUGGGUUGUGGAAGUGGGAGAAGUCAAAAUUGGUUAGUGGCGGAACCGGAUUUUAUGAUUCAAGGGCACGAUGGACCGGCUUAUGAUGUUAAGUUUUACGAUGAUUCUUUGUUGUUGAGUUGUGGCGAUGAUGGUCGGAUUCGAGGAUGGAAAUGGAAAGAAAUUUUAGGAAGUGAAGCACCUGUGCAAGGAUGCAAGUUGAAGCCAGUACUUGACUUGGUGAAUCCUCAACAGAAAGGUCCGUGGGGUGCACUCUCUCCAAUUCCAGAAAAUAAUGCUAUUGCAGUUGAUUCUAAGAGUGGAUCCGUAUAUUCUGCUGCUGGAGAUUCUUAUGCGUAUUGCUGGGAUAUGGAGAAAUGCCAGGUCAAGAUGAUUUUCAAAGGGCAUUCAAACUAUCUACAUUGUAUUGUUUCCUGCAAUUUGAGCCAUCAGGUCAUAACUGGUUCAGAAGAUGGUACUGCACGCAUAUGGGAUUGCAAAAGUGGGAAGUGUAUCCAAGUAAUUGAUCCAGAAAAGGAUGAGAAAUCAGAAGUAUCAUUUCCAUGUGUCAGUUGCAUUGCUCUUGAUUCAAGUGAGAGCUGGUUGGUUUGUGGAAAGGGCCAGUCCUUAUCACUUUGGAAUCUUCCUGCUCGUGAAUGGGUUUCAAGGGCCAGAACUCGUGCUCCUGUCCAAGAUGUUCUAUUUGAUGAAAAUCAAAUUUUAGCUGUUGGAGCAGAACAAUUACUUACACGAUUAAACAUGAAAGGAGAAAUUCUUUCACGGAUUCAAUGUGCUCCUCAAUCUGCGUUUUCCAUUUCUUUGCAUCCCUCCGGAGUAACAGCUGUAUCUGGUUAUGGAGCGCUUGUAGACAUAGUCUCACAAUUCGGAAGCCAUUUGUGUACAUUCCGCUGUAGAGGGCUAUAAGUAGCAUCGAAGCACGUUGAUCAUUAUCAACUGUAAUUUUAUGAGUUUUGGCAUCUAUGCCCCAAACUUUUAUUGAUAGGUAAAGAAUUUUGUGCUGCCUUUGGAUAUGAUAAACAUAUUGUGCUUUUGAGUCGUGUAUUUGGAGUACUACUUUUCUUCGGUCAUAUUUUCUUCACUUUGAGCAGCUAAAUCUGCUAUUUUUGCCUUGAUAUGUGUUAUAAUCUUUCAU